AAUCGACCUAUCCUUACAGGACCAUAUCUUAUCCCCAAAAGUGCAUGGAAAGCCAAAGGAUUCACACUUGAUGAAACAAUGCCGAAUAACAUUCUAUUUGACCUUCGUAGUGGAUUGCAGUAUUUUGAGCCUAACACAUCUGAUAGCUAUAUACAGGUUGACCUUCAGCGACAGUUCUACCUGCAUUCGAUUAAGUUCAAUUCAAAGACAGGCAUACGUUUCAACUUAUAUCGAACAGAGGGGAUCGAACAGAAUUUCAAACAUAUUGGAAAAUAUGGUGGUGGACUCCAUAAUAUUAUACAUCCUACAAUUUCACCCUCGGUUAAAGUCAGAAGAAUACGGAUAAGGUGGAAGGAGUCUAGUUUUACACUUAAACUGGACCUGCUUGGCUGUCCUUCUGAACCAUUUGAUGGGGAAAACCCACAGUGUGGAACAAAGUCCAGUUUUUACCAUGUAACAGAAGUUGACAAAAUGUACGAGUGUGUGUACAAACAAUGUCCUCUGUCAAAGGUAACAUGUGGUUCAUACCCCCAUUAUUACCAGACAUUGAGUGAAUGUAAUGGACAAGAUGAAUGCUUUUCCAAUCCUUGUGAAAUGGGUGAAAUAUGUGUGCAGUACAAGACUAAUCACAAGUGUUACUGUCUAAAACGUCCUUGUGGUAAGUACAUGUUAGACCAAACCCUUUCACCUAACCCAUACCCAUAGCUUUGAUCAGAUUAACUGCUUUUUUAAUCCGUGUGAACAUGGUGAAAUGUGUGUGCACUACAAUACCAAUCACAAGUGUUAUUUUCUAAAACCUCCUUGUGAUAAGUACAUGUUAGACCAAACCCUUUCACCUAACCCAUUCCCCUAACCCUUUCCCCUAACCCAUUCCCCUAACCCAUUCACCAAACCCUUUCACCUAACCCAUUCACCUAACCCUUUCACCUAACCCAUUCACGUAACCCAUUCACCAAACUGUUUCACCUAACCCAUUCUUGUAACCCUUUCACCUAACCCUUUCACGUAACCCAUUCACCUAACCCUUUCACCUAACCCAUUCACGUAACCCAUUCACCUAAC